AUGCCCCUUCCUCAAUUACUCGUCGGCAAGGUCGCAGCCAUCACUGGUGGAUUGACAGGAAUCGGACGUGCAAUCGCCCUGGAAUAUCUUCGCCAUGGUGCCAAAGUCGCCAUCAGUCGCCUAGGAGGGCCGAAGGAAGAUGGAAUCCUAAAAGACCUGAUCCAGGAGGUCAAUCAGAUCGAGGAGGGUGCCGACCAGACGAGGUUCAUCACUGUGACCGGGGAUAUAUCACAACCUGAAACGGGCAGAGACUUUGUUGCAAAGACCGUCGAGGCAUUUGGCCGAUUGGAUGUUUUUGUUAGCAAUGCUGGUAUCUGUCAAUUUGCCAAUUUCCUAGAGCUUGAAGCUUCGCUCUUCAAUCAAACCGUGUCCACCAAUCUCUCCGGCGCAUUUUUCGCGACCCAAGCAGCGGCACGACAGAUGGCUCAGUCGCAGUCACCAUCCGGAGGCUCUAUAAUUGGUAUUAGCUCGAUCUCAGCUCUUGUCGGCGGUGGCGAGCAGACUCACUACACGCCUACCAAAGCCGGCGUAUUGAGUCUCAUGCAGUCGUGCGCUGUUGCCUUGGGCAAAUAUGGGAUUCGAUGCAACGCUUUACUCCCCGGUACAAUCCGAACACAAUUGAAUGAUGCGGAUCUAGCGGAUCCUGAAAAGAAAAAAUAUAUGGAAGGUCGAAUCCCUCUUGGGCGGUUGGGACAGCCUCCGGAUUUGGCUGGGCCGGCUGUCUUUUUGGCAUGCGAUGAACUGAGUGGUUAUGUGACCGGAGCACAGUUACUGGUUGAUGGUGGUCUUUUUGUCAAUUUGCAAUGA